ACUCUCCGGCUCGAUGUCCUCGAGUCGGCGACGCCCUGUGGUUAUGGAAACGUGACCAUUAACGACCAACCACUCGCCCAGGAUGCGGAUGGCCAUGGCUCUGGCUCAGUGAUUACUAGCUAUGGGAAUGCUAUUAUCGCUGAUUGGGCGUUUACGUGUGUCCAUCUCGAGGAUGGGCUCCAAGGACAACUGAUGACUUUCCAAGUCAGCUCUGUAGAUGAUGCUGUAGUCGAAGGGGUUUCGUUUGUCGUUCAGUUCCGCCAGACCGUGCCAGUUUCCGCGUCGGUCGUCGAGAGUGCCGGGUUUACCAUACAACCCGGGGUUUCCGCGGGGACCACAGCUGACAGCUCGGACGGAGGGGUGCCUUCGGAGCUCGCUGAUGAGCUGGCCGAGUUGAACGUGAUGAUGCGACAAUUGGCAGCGCUCGAAUACGCGAUUUCCUCGAAGAUGCAGCACAUAUCCGAAACCUUCGACGUCGGGCCGUUAGGCGGACCCCAUUCGAUUGCCGAGUGUGAUAGUCUGGUGUGCAUCUGGAAGAGUAUGUAUAGCCGGGUGAAGCACAUGGCCAGCCGGCUCUACGGACAUAGUAUUGGACACGGUGGGCACUUCAGACACCGACUUAGCGGCCAUCACUGGCCGUUCCCCCAUCCGGAGGAGGAUCAUGGCCACUACCAUCCUUGGUUUCCACCCCAUCCCGAUCAUCCCCACAGGAAUCAUUCACAUAUACCACCACAUGAGCCUCAUGGACCUCCACCACACAGGCCUCCACCUCAUGGCCCUCCACCUCAUGGCCCUCCACCUCAUGGCCCUCCACCUCAUGGCCCUCCACCUCAUGGCCCUCCACCUCAUGGCCCUCCACCUCAUGGCCCUCCACCCCAUGGACCUCCGCCUCAUGGGGAUAACUUGCCUCCUCCCGAUCGGCCGGCGCCUGAUGCAGGAACCCAUGACAUUCCCUCCAAACAGUCGCCACACAGCCUAAAAGGUGGCCCUGAUCUCGUGCCGACUUCAAACUACCUAGGACAUACUGAAGAAUGGCACGAUGCUAUACGCCCCCCCCCUCCCUUCCCCCCCUUCCCGCACCCGGGACGUCACCGUUUCCACGUGCCACCGAUUCUUUACAUUGUAGGUACCGUCGUCUUCUUGGCCGCCGUGGUCGGCAUAGUACGCAUAUGCUGCUGCGCCAGGUCAUGCCAGAAUCGACACUCUCGCUGCACCGAACGACGUCGAGCGCGAGAGGCGCGCCGCCAGCGCCGCGGUGGGGCCUGGGCUGCGCGAUGCGCCGCCGUCGGGGCGAUGUGCUUCGAGGUCGCGGGGCGGGUGCGCGGGAGCGUGUGGGGCCGGGAGGCCGAGGCGGAGGCCGAGGAGAAGGCGGCCAUCAUGAGGAGCCUGCACGCGUCGGACGGCGACGAGACGGAGGACGACGCCCUCUCGACGACGAUCGAGCAGGAGCUCGCGCAGUUCCGCGCCAUCGCUGACGUCGUCGGGAGCAUGGUCGCGGCGGAGGAAGGGCGCUCCCGCGAGUACACGUACGACCGGCCACGGCACGACAUCCCCGCCCCGGCACCCCGCGGCCCGACCACGGCGUUCCCUGACUACGCAUCCGUCGACGAGGAGCUUCCCGCUUACGAUGAGCAGGCCAGCGAGCACCGCUUCGUCGCCGAUGGGUUCCGAUACACCCACGAGUGCCCAAGCUACAGCUCCAGUUGUAGCCCGACUGGACCUUCGACGACAGCAUCGUCUCUCGACGAGCACUUGGGGGGUAAGGAUUGAUGGUCGAGAGAGCCGAAUUACUUCCGGACGUAAUGUAAUACCGCUGGUCUUUAUCUACGGCGGUGUGUCUAGCAUGUUCUAUAUUUGAAACCUAACAGUGAAGCGCACCUUUUCUUUUCUCCUUUUUCUUUUUUUCUUUUUUUGGCUCCUCGGCUGGAACUAGACGGCCUUUGGAUAUUGAUAGACGAAAGAGGGAAAUUAUUCGCAGUAUUUGUUCAAAUAGUGUAUCAUCGGUGCUGGUAUGAUAGUUGCCCUGUGUAGGUUGGGCUAUGGUGUGUUGUCCCUGGACUGUGAUCCCGAGACGGUAGCUAG